AUGGGAUGUCAACCAAUCCUUUCAGAUCUUGCUGGCCCACUCCCAGAUGGCACUGUUGGGCUAGUGAUUGGCCGUUCAUCGGCCUCCCUGAAAGGACUCACGGUUCAUCCGGGAGUUGUGGACCAAGACUACACGGGCACCAUUCAAAUACUCUGCUCCUCCCCACGGGGAAUAUCUGCGAUAUCCCCCGGGGAUAGAGUGGCCCAGUUGCUAAUUUUACCCAGCUGUCAUCAAGACUUUCCCAGUACGGGAGUAACUAGAGGGGAGAAGGGUUUUGGUUCUUCGGGAGGCCAACAUGCUUAUCUGUCCCUUGGCCUACAAGACCGUCCCAUGUUAGCCUUAUCCAUAGAAGGAAAGAGGUUCCAGGGAUUAUUAGAUACUGGGGCUGACACCAGCAUAAUUUCUGCACACUGGUGGCCGUCCAAAUGGCCUCUUACUCGAUCCUCUCAGCCUUUAACAGGCCUCGGAUAUGAGGAUACUCCAUCACUGAGUGCUCGACCCUUGCACUGGGAGACUGAUGAAGGACAGAGAGGAACCCUUAUACCUUUUUCAGCAAAUGAUGAGGGACAUGGGAUGCGUCCCAGGACAUGGAUUAGGAAAAAAUCUGCAGGGACGUACCAGCCCUGUCACCCUGAAGGAAAAGCUAGAUCGAAAAGGGGUGGGUUUUUCAUAGGGGCCACUGAGGAAGCUAUCCCCAUCAACUGGAAAACGGAGGAACCGGUAUGGGUUCCUCAGUGGCCUUUGCCCUCCGAUAAGCUUAAAGCAGCAGAGCAGUUGGUACAGGAACAACUUACUCUGGGGCACCUAGAGUGCUCCCAAUCUCCAUGGAAUACACCCAUCUUUGUAAUCAAGAAAAAAUCAGGGAAAUGGAGGUUGUUGCAUGACCUCAGGGCUAUCAAUAAUCAGAUGCAGAUAAUGGGUCCGAUACAACGAGGUCUACCUUUACUGUCAGCGCUGCCCUCUCAUUGGCAUAUUAUUAUAAUUGAUAUCAAAGAUUGCUUUUUCUCCAUUCCUUUAGCUAUUCAAGACAGAGAAAGGUUUGCCUUUACUUUGCCCAGCAUAAACCAUGAGGAACCAGAUAAACGAUUCCAAUGGAAAGUUCUGCCUCAGGGCAUGGCAAACAGUCCCACUAUGUGUCAGCUUUAUGUGGCAGCGGCUAUUCAGCCGGUCAGGGAUAAGCAUAAGUCCUUGAGGAUUUGUCAUUACAUGGAUGACAUCUUGCUCUGUCAUGCCAACUUGGACAGUUUACAUCAGGCAUUUGCGGAUCUGUCCGUCCAUCUACAGGCCAAGGGUUUGCUAAUAGCGCCUGAAAAGGUACAAGAAGGAGAGGUGGCGAAUUUUCUUGGGUCCACAAUAUUUCCUAACCAUAUUAAACCUCAAAAACUAACUAUCAGAAAAGAUAACCUAAAAACCCUGAACGAUUUCCAGAAAUUAUUAGGAGAUAUCAACUGGAUAAGGUCCUAUCUGAACUUACCUGUUGCUGACCUUAA